GGUACCAGGACUUGCUCUGCUAGGGCGGUGGCGUGGGAAGGAAGGUAGAACUACUACUCGAAGGCCGAGAGAGGCCGCCUUGGAGGAACCGUGGCUUUAGGGUCGUGGGGUUGCAGAACUUUGCCCUGGGCCGGGUCUCUUCGCCAGUUCUGCUCUUCGCUGUCCACGCCCCCACUUUCCCGUCCACGCUCCGCCUCCCGCUGGCGGGCUGGUCCGCGGCGGUGGAAGUGACGCAAGCCCUGGGCCCGAGGGCCGCGCCGUGGACGCCGGCACUUGUUCGGGGCAGCACCCGAAUCGGUCUGGAGCAGCAUGGCUCUUCUCCUCUUCCUCGCCCUUAUCACGCAGGCCGGGAGCGAGGCUAAGAUGAGCACCGCGGAUCCGGAGCUGUCCUCGGUGCCAAUGCCAACUAAUCUCAAAAUUGAGGCCUAUAACUGGAACACCGUUGUGUCUUGGGAUUACCCGCCCACACUGUGGAGCCCGGUGUUUACCGCCCAGGUGAAGACCUACGAGGACGCAACAUGGAUCGAUGCCUGCAAUACCUCUGAUCAUUCUUGUAAUAUAUUUCCUACGAUGUACAGUCCAUCAGAUCCUCUCUGGGCUAGAGUUAAAGCUAGGCUUGGUCCACAGGAAUCAGCCUAUGCAGAGUCAAAAGAAUUUAUUUUAUGCCAACAAGGGAAAUUUGGACCCCCUAAACUAGGUAUCAGAAAGAAGGAAGACCAGAUCAUUGUUGAUAUAUUUCACCCUUUAAUUACUACAAAUGGAAACGUCCCGGCAGUCGUAGACGAUGACGAUGACAAUGACUGUUACACAUUCACAUACAAAGUGUUUGUGAGGAUAAACGGAAGCGAGACCACAGAUAAAAUGUACGUAAAGAAUGAAGAUGAUUGUAAUGAGACUCAGUGCUUCUUGAGUAUUCCAGUGUCCUCGCUGAACUCUGAGUACUGUAUUUCAGCAGAAGGAGUCUCAGACAUGUGGGAUGUUACAACUGAGAAGUCUGAAGAAAUCUGUAUUACCAGUUUUGAUAGUGCCAGCACAGAAAAUUCUGUUUGGAUUCCAAUUGUUGCUGCCGUAGUACUCUUCCUAGUACUUUCCCUGAUAGUUGCAUGUUAUCUAAUUAGGAAAAUGAAUCCAUUUAAGAGAGAAAACAUCAUGUUACCCAAAUCUUUGCUGUCUGUGGUAAAAAAUGCCUCUUCAGAGACAAAAUCUGAGUCAAAAUAUAUAUCACCCAUCACCUACCAGCCAAUUGCCCUAGAAAAUGAACAGCUGUCUCCAGGGACAAUUUCAAGCGUGCAUACUGAAGACAAUCCAGGAAAAGCAGAACAUGGAGAAGAUGUUUCUAGUGAAACGCAAGUGGUGACCACUGAAGAACAUAUUUCUGACACGGCCUCUAGUAGCUCUCUGACCCCAGUAAAGAGAGAGAAUUCUGUCCACUCGAGCAGUAACCAGUGUGAACACUGCAGCAUCACUUUAAAUGCAUAUCACUCCAGAAAUGGUUCUGAUAGUGGCCUUGUGGAAUCAGACAGCUGCUCUGACUCAGAAUUUCCGCCAAGUAAUAAAACUGAGAUAAAGUCAGAAGGACAAGAGUUCGCAGCACUGAGAAACACUACCACCUCCUUCGGUUAUGACAAACCACACGUGUUAGUGGAUCUGCUUGUGGAUGAUGGUGGCAAGGAGUCCUUGAUUGGCUACAGAGUCACAGCAGAAUCCGAGGAGUUUUCCUGAGAUCAGCCAAGAGGCACCAACUCAUAAGGAUCUGCCUGCUGUUCCCCAACAGUUUUUCUGCUUUGAUGUCAUGAAAAGAUCAGGAUUUCAGAAAUUGUGUCUUGUUGCUAAUAACCCAAUGGAGUAUCUUGGUUUAGAUAAAAGUGUCAAGAGCCUCUUUGGCACUGUCUUAUUGGGUCUGAGAACAGCAGAGACUCUUUAAAAACAAAAACAGACCAUUGAACCUUUCCAUCUAGAUGUGCGAACAGCAACAGUGAAAGCCUCUCUAAUAACCCCGCCUCCUAUGGCUGUGGGUGACUUCCCCAGGGUCCUUUCUAACCACUUAAAGAGAUAAAAUGGAUUUUUUUCUUUUUUGUGGCUUAGUGUGGUGUUUGUUUUUGGAGGUGUAUAUGUAUAGUCUUUUCAAAUGUUUUGAGAAGAAGCCCUGAGUGCUUUUCAGAGUUGUACUUAAAAUUGUAAUGAAAUCAAUAGAAUUAGUAGAGUGUGUAAAUAAAAACAUGUAUAUAUAUUUUUAUG